AUGGAAGAAUCCUCAAUAACCAUCUAUACUAAGUCUUACGCACAGACUACCCCGCCAAGGGCUACGAAACACCCUGCCAAGGGUGCCCAGCUUCCGACAUAUCCAAUUAUCCAAGUGCCGAGGAGGUGGCUAAGGAACGAGCCGUCAAACUGGGGGACUGGGCUCCCAAACACGCACAACAAAAUCCCCAAUACUCGUGUGGCUGAACUAAGUCCUACGUGCGUAGAUUGCCCCACCAAGGGCCUAUGGCACACCCGACCAAAGGUACCCGGACCUUUACUAUACGCCGGAAAGUCCAACCGCUACUAG